CCUCAUAUUAUAUGUCGAUGGUCGUUGUCAUGUGAUUGUAGUCUCCGAAUCCAGAACGAAGUGAAAUUUAAUGAAAUAUUGUAAAAUUAGUGUUUUAUCUAUUAAAAAGAUGUUCUUUUCAAUAUUUUGGGCUGUCUUUUUCAUUUGUGCAGUAAAUGCUGGAGGAGACUUCAUUGUACUACAUAGUCCAAGUAGUGUCAAGUUCAGUGGUAACGAAGAAGUCGACCAAAGUCUACUAAAAGAAAUAUUUUCAGCAGCUCUUGGAUUCACUGUAAAACAUAGGGGAAAUUGGAGUGGCAUCUCCAUUAAAGACCCUUUCACGUUACCAGAGGCGAUAGUUGGUAUAGCAGUUGAAGGAGUAGAUACAUUAAAUUCGCCAAGAGGUAAAAGAUUUUCUCUUAACGUAGAUGAAAUUGAAGAGACAACCUGGCAAGCUCUGAGUGGCCGUCUUGAAGAGAGAGAUGAUGAUAAUACGCUCAUAAGAAUUUAUCUCGGUGAUGGAGUGGAUGCUCUGGGACAAUCCGCUCUUGGUGAACUUAAACCGACGUCUAUAGAUCAGUCUUCUUUGCGCGCUUUAAGUCUAAAAAAUGAUGAAGAUAAAAAGUUUCUUGACGAAAUUCAACUUUUACGCGCUAUUGCCAAAAAAAUACCAUCUACUAUUACAGCAGAUUCUAAGCCCGAUGUCUAUUGGCUUGUAGUAUCUGGUUUACAUCCUGUUAUUGAAUUUCAUGGUAAAGAAUCAGCAUCUGUGAUGGAAGCUCUUUCGCUUCUGAACGAUGCUUUUAGUGACCUUAGCAAAUCAUUUGUUAAUGUUUAUAACGAUAAGGUUUUAAUCACGUCAUUUACCAACGAUGUUAGUCAAGUACGCCAUGUGAGAUCAGCUAACCUCAACAGAAGCUACCGCGAUAACACUAUAGUGAAUAGUAAAAAGGUUCCUGUUAAGAAUCUAGGAAAGAAAUACACUGAAAAUUAUCCAGUCAUCUUCAAUAUUAUUCUGUGGUUCGGCGUUGUCUUUUUCUUCUCUCUUCUAGCAAUCUGUGUUGCCAUCGCCAGUAUGGACCCGGGUCGUGAUUCCAUAAUAUAUAGAAUGACUUCAAAUCGUAUGAAGAAGGAGAAUUAAGAGAAAGUAAAAACAAUUGGAAAAAAUAAAAUGGGAAUGGAAACAACCCUCUCGAAAUCCUCGGCUGUACAAACCCUAAACGAAAUCAGUAUCGAAUAAGAUUUUUUAAAACCUAUUUUCAUUGU